ACGGCGAAUUAGAGCACAAGCCGGCGGGCCGCGUUUAGUUCUCGGCGCGCUCUCCUCCCUCGAAGACGUGUGCGCGGGACCUUAUUCCGUUUUUUCCCCAUCCUCCCAGUUUGGGCAUUACUGUUGUUGUUGUAUAUUAAUCCAAUAAUCCAGUGCUUCGGAAUCGGCCGAUUUCAUUGUUACGUAUACAUAUAUAUUUCGGCCCCCGUGCGCGACCUAUUCCGCACUGUUGGUAUGCUUCGGGCUCUACUGGAUACUCUUCUCGGUAACAACAGCAGCAACGCUAUCGAGGAACAACAGCCGAAGGAGGAGGAAGAGGAGUUGGAGGACAGUAACGUCAGUGGCAACGAUACGAAAACAGGGAAUACCACCUACGUAAGGGAGGAAGAAGAAGCUGCACAGUCCAAGUGCGUUAUCAAUUUGGCCGAAAAGGAGGAAGAAGAAGAAGAAGAAGUAUUAGUCAUUAUGGACGAGCCGGUGAGUUUCGUCUUGGGCGAAGCCGAUGAGGAGGCUGGCGACAGUUUUCCCGGGGAUCCCCAGCAGCAACUGCAGCAGCAGCAGCAACAGCUGCUCUCUAAUGGUCUGGUCGAGCGCCGAAAACGCCUCAGGCCCAGUAUGUCCCAGGGCACGGUGAUGAUACAAACGCAGAGCCGGCAGUUGGAGAAGGACUUCACGGUAGCCACGCCAGAGGAGUUUGUCCAUCGGUUCGGGGGCACGCGCGUCAUCAACAAGGUACUGAUAGCCAACAACGGCAUAGCCGCUGUGAAAUGCAUGCGCUCGAUAAGACGAUGGUCCUACGAGAUGUUCAAGAACGAGCGGGCCAUCCGUUUCGUGGUGAUGGUCACUCCCGAGGAUCUCAAGGCAAACGCCGAGUACAUAAAGAUGGCGGACCAGUACGUGCCGGUGCCCGGGGGCACGAACAACAACAAUUACGCGAACGUCGAGCUGAUCGUCGACAUAGCCACGAGGACGCAGGUGCAGGCCGUCUGGGCCGGCUGGGGUCACGCCUCCGAGAACCCCAAGCUCCCCGAGCUACUGCACAAAAACAACAUUUGCUUCAUCGGACCGUCGGAGCGAGCCAUGUGGGCGCUGGGGGACAAGAUAGCCUCGAGCAUAGUCGCGCAGACAGCGGACGUGCCGACACUGCCCUGGUCCGGCUCGGAGCUCAAGGCCCAGUACAGCGGCAAGAAGAUCAAGAUAUCGACCGAGUUGUUCAAAAAGGGCUGCGUCUCCUCGGUGGAGGAGUGCCUGGCCGCGGCCAACAAGAUCGGCUUUCCCGUGAUGGUCAAGGCUAGCGAGGGUGGGGGUGGCAAGGGUAUCCGCAAGGUUGAGAACCCCGAGGAGCUGCCCACUUUGUUCCGCCAGGUUCAGACCGAGAUACCCGGCUCGCCCAUAUUCAUCAUGAAGCUGGCCAAGUGCGCCCGCCAUCUCGAGGUACAGCUCCUCGCCGAUAACUACGGCAAUGCCAUAUCGCUCUUUGGCCGUGACUGCUCGAUCCAGCGCCGACACCAGAAGAUCAUCGAGGAGGCACCCGCGGUCGUUGCCAAGCCCGAGGUCUUCGAGGAGAUGGAAAAGGCGGCCGUGAGGCUCGCUAAGAUGGUCGGCUACGUGAGCGCUGGUACUGUCGAGUACCUCUACGAUACAUCUGGCCGCUACUACUUCCUCGAGCUCAACCCUAGGCUGCAGGUCGAGCAUCCCUGCACGGAAAUGGUCUCGGACGUCAAUUUGCCGGCUGCUCAGCUGCAAAUAGCCAUGGGACUGCCCCUGCACCAUAUCAAGGACAUAAGGUUGCUCUACGGCGAGAGCCCGUGGGGUGACAGUGUCAUCGACCUUGAGCAGCCGCGCCACAAGCCCCAGCCCUGGGGACAUGUUAUUGCUGCUCGUAUAACUAGCGAGAAUCCCGAUGAAGGCUUCAAGCCGAGUAGUGGAACCGUCCAGGAGCUCAAUUUCCGCUCUUCGAAGAACGUCUGGGGCUACUUCUCCGUGGGCGCCUCGGGCGGCCUGCACGAGUUUGCAGACUCCCAGUUUGGGCACUGCUUCUCCUGGGGGGAGGACCGCAACCAGGCGCGCGAGAAUCUCGUGGUGGCCCUCAAGGAGCUGAGCAUCCGCGGUGACUUCCGAACGACAGUCGAGUACCUAAUCACGCUUCUCGAGACCGAGGCCUUCCAAAGCAACAAUAUCGACACGGCCUGGCUGGACCUGCUCAUAUCGGAGCGCGUGCGCAGCGACAAACCCGACUUGCUGCUCGCCGUUACCUGCGGUGCCCUUCACAUCGCCGACCGGACGAUCAGCGCGACCUUCAGCGGAUUCCAGACCGCCCUCGAGAAAGGCCAGAUUCAGUCGAGCAACGAUCUAAACAACGUCGUCGAUGUCGAGCUCAUCAACGACGGCUACAAGUACAAGGUGCAGGCCGCAAAAUCCGGUCCAAACAGCUAUUUCCUUGUGAUGAACGGCUCGUACAAGGAGGUCGAAAUACACCGGCUUUCGGACGGCGGGCUCCUGCUCAGUCUCGACGGUGCCAGCUUUACCACCUACAUGCGCGAGGAGGUCGAUCGCUACCGUAUCGUCAUCGGCAACCAGACCUGCGUCUUCGAGAAGGACAACGACCCGUCGCUGCUGCGCAGCCCUUCAGCUGGCAAAUUGAUGAGCUACCUCGUCGAGGACGGCGGACACGUUGAGCCCGGCCAAAGCUACGCUGAAAUCGAGGUCAUGAAAAUGGUGAUGAGUAUCACGGCCACCGAGGCGGGCAGUCUCUUUUACGUCAAACGUCCCGGAGCUGUACUCGAGGCAGGCAGCCUUAUAGCCCGUCUCGAACUCGACGACCCUUCGCUGGUGCAGCGCGCCCAGGAGUACGCCGGUCAGUUCCCCGGGCCGAGCAGUCCGGCUGUGCCGGAGAAGCUCAACCAACUACACGCCAAGUACAGGGCUACCCUCGAGAACUGCUUGGCUGGCUACUGCCUGCCCGAGCCGUAUCACUUGCCCCGAUUGCGCGAGCUCGUCGAACGCUUCAUGAGCUCGUUGCGCGACCCCUCGCUGCCCCUGCUCGAACUCCAGGAGGUCGUGGCGACGAUUUCGGGUCGCAUACCCGUGGCCGUCGAGAAGAAGAUUCGCAAGCUGAUGACCCUGUACGAGCGCAACAUCACCUCGGUGCUCGCUCAGUUUCCCAGCCAGCAGAUCGCCGCGGUGAUCGAUGGACACGCGGCUACCCUGUCGAAGCGUGCCGAGCGCGACGUCUUCUUUCUGACCACCCAAGGCAUCGUCCAGCUGGUGCAGCGCUACCGCAACGGGAUUCGGGGCCGCAUGAAAGCCGCCGUGCACGAGUUGCUCCGCCAGUACUACACGGUCGAGUCGCAGUUUCAGCAGGGACACUACGACAAGUGCGUCUCGGCGCUGAUGGAGCAGCACAAGGACGACAAGACGAUGGUCACUGCCACCAUCUUCAGUCACAGCCAGGUGCUCAAGAAGAACGUGCUCGUGACGAUGCUUGUGGACCACCUGUGGGCCAACGAGCCCGGCCUCACGGACGAGCUAGCCUCGACCUUGACCGAGCUGACGAGCCUCAACCGGCAGGAGCACAGUCGGGUAGCGCUGCGCGCCCGUCAAGUCCUCAUAGCGGCCCACCAGCCGGCGUACGAGCUGCGCCACAACCAGAUGGAGUCCAUAUUCCUCUCGGCUGUCGACAUGUAUGGCCACGACUUUCAUCCUGAAAACCUGCAGAAGCUCAUCCUCUCGGAGACUUGCAUCUUUGAUAUCUUGCACGACUUUUUCUACCAUUCGAACCGUACCGUUUGCAACGCAGCGCUCGAGGUCUACGUACGCCGCGCGUACAUCAGCUAUGAGCUCACGUGCUUGCAGCAUCUCGAGCUCUCGGGCGAAAUACCGCUGGUGCACUUCCAGUUCACUCUGCCAACGAGUCACCCGAACAGCCAGAGCCAGUCAACGGUGAAUCACCGUAGCGGCGCCAUGGCCGCCUUCCGUGACCUCGCCGAGUUCUCCCAAUACGUCGAUGAGGUGCUUGACCUAUUGGAAGAUCUCUCUGGUCCCAACUCGAGCUCCCUCUCGGCUCGCGUGCUCGAGGCCGUCGACUCCGUCGGCUGCAGUGAGUCCCGGCACAGCACGUCGAUCAGCGUGGACCAGCCGCAUGGAGUAGCCGAGUCGACCCAGCAACAGCAGCAACAACUCGAGCCCGUGCACAUCCUGAGCGUGGCGGUGCGCGAGGAGGGCAACCAGGACGAUUCAACUUUGGCACGCAGCUUCGGCGAGUGGUGUGCAACCAACAGGGACGAGCUCGUGGCCCGAGGUGUGCGCCGCGUAACCUUUGCAGCGCUCAAGAAGCGCCAGUUCCCCAAGUUCUUCACAUUCCGUCAGCGCGACAACUUUGUUGAGGACCGUAUUUACCGGCACCUCGAGCCCGGCUGCGCCUACCAUAUCGAGCUGAAUCGCAUGCGUACCUACGAUCUCGAGGCUCUGCCCACGUCCAACCAAAAGAUGCACCUCUACCUUGGCCAGGCGAAGGUGGCCAAGGGCCAGCCGGUGACGGACUACCGUUUCUUCAUCCGCUCGAUCAUCCGGCACUCUGAUCUCAUCACGAAAGAGGCUAGCUUCGACUACCUGCACAACGAGGGCGAACGCGUGUUGCUCGAGGCCAUGGACGAGCUCGAGGUCGCGUUCUCGCAUCCAUUGGCCAAGCGCACCGAUUGCAAUCACAUAUUCCUGAACUUUGUUCCAACCGUGAUAAUGGACCCGGCGCGCAUCGAGGAGAGCGUUACGAGCAUGGUACUGCGCUACGGGCCGCGGCUCUGGAAGCUCCGAGUUCGCCAGGCUGAGAUCAGAAUGACCAUCAGACCGGCCCCGGGCAAGCCCACCUCUAACGUGCGCCUAUUUAUCUCCAACGACAGCGGCUACAGCAUCGACCUGCACCUGUAUUCGGAGAUGACGGACCCCAAGACCGGCAUUAUCCGCUACAACAGUUUAAAAGAACAGUCGUAUGCGCCCGGCAGCACCAACAACAGUGGCUCCAACUGGCGACCUGGUCCCAUGCACGGCCUGCCCAUCUCCACGCCCUAUCUCACCAAAGACUACCUGCAGGCCAAGCGUUUCCAGGCGCAGAGCGCCGGCACCACCUACGCCUACGAUCUGCCCGACAUGUUCCGCCAGCAGAUCGAGAAGUCCUGGGCCAAAUUCAUCGAGGAGAGCCCUAACGGCGAUCAAAUCUCCGUGCCCAACCCCGUCCUCGACUCCGUCGAACUGGUCCUCGAGGGUGAGACUCUUGUCGAGCAGAAACGCCUACCUGGGGAGAACGACGCGGGCAUGAUCGCGUGGAAGCUGACCCUCUACACGCCCGAGUACCCCGCUGGCCGUGACAUCAUUCUGAUAGCCAAUGACUUGACCUACUGUAUAGGGUCGUUCGGCCCUAAGGAGGAUUUCGUCUUCUGCAAAGCUUCGGAGAGGGCCCGGCAGCUUGGAAUACCUCGAAUUUACUUUUCCGCGAACGCAGGGGCUCGCAUCGGACUAGCCGAAGAGGUAAAGAGUCUAUUUCGCAUCGCGUGGGAAGACGAGAGCGAGCCGGAAAAAGGCUUCAAGUACAUCUACCUCACUCCUGACGAUUAUGCCAAACUCGCUCCUCUGAAUAGCGUCAAGGCAAGCUUGAUCGAAGACGCUGGCGAGCCGCGCUACAAAUUAACCGACAUCAUCGGCCAUGAGGAUGGACUCGGUGUUGAGAAUUUAAAGUACGCCGGCAUGAUUGCAGGCGAAACGUCAAGGGCAUACGAGGAGAUUGUCACGAUAUCGGUCGUCUCGUGUCGCGCCAUUGGUAUAGGCUCGUAUGUCGUCCGGCUCGGCCAGCGCGUCAUACAGAUCGAGAACUCGCAUAUCAUUCUAACGGGCUACAAAGCUCUCAACACCGUGCUUGGCCGUGAGGUCUACGCCAGUAACAAUCAGCUGGGAGGUAUUCAGAUUAUGCACAACAACGGCAUAUCCCACACGACGGAGCCCCGUGAUCUCGACGGAGUAGCUACGGUGCUCAGAUGGCUGAGUUACGUGCCGAAAACAAAGGGCGCUCCGCUACCGAUCCGGUCGAUGGCGCAACUCGCAGAUCCGAUCGAUCGCGAGAUCGACUUCUUACCGAGCAAGGCUCCUUACGACCCACGUUUCAUGCUCGAGGGCCGAUUCCCGUCUGGAGAAUCCGGUCCCUGGGAAAGUGGCUUCUUCGACCGUGGCUCGUGGCAGGAAAUCAUGAGACCCUGGGCUCAAACCGUCGUAACAGGUCGAGCGAGGCUUGGAGGUAUCCCUUGCGGUGUCAUAGCUGUGGAGACGCGCACCGUUGAGCUGCACUUACCAGCUGAUCCAGCUAAUUUCGAUUCUGAAGCAAAGACCGUCUCCCAAGCUGGUCAAGUCUGGUAUCCGGACAGCGCUUACAAGACUGCACAGGCCAUCAAAGACUUUUCCAGGGAGGAACUGCCUCUCUUCAUAUUUGCCAACUGGCGAGGCUUCUCCGGUGGCAUGAAAGACAUGUACGAGCAAAUCAUCAAAUUCGGAGCUUACAUAGUGGACAGCUUGCGCGAGUACAGCCAACCUAUAAUGGUGUACAUAGUGCCCGGAGCUGAGCUGCGCGGUGGCGCUUGGGCCGUCGUCGACCCGUGCAUCAACCCGCAGUGCAUGGAGAUGUUUGCAGACACCACGUGUCGUGGCGGCGUGCUCGAGCCCGAGGGUAUCGUCGAAAUCAAGUUCCGCAACAAAGAUCUGAUCAAGACCAUGCAGCGUUGCGACCUAGUGGUACAAAAACUGAGCGAGCGUCUAGGCGUGCCAACGGCAGGUCUGGCGUCGGGCAAUCCAUCCGUCCCCAGUAGCUGCACUAUCCCACCGGAGGAGAAAGCCCAGCUGGAAGUGGAGCUGCGUGCCCGUCAAAAGCAGCUCGAGGCCAUGUACCACCAGGUGGCGGUGCACUUUGUCGACCUACACGACACGCCCGAGCGUAUGCUGGAGAAAAACUGCAUACAAGAAAUCGUGCCCUGGAAGGGUGCUCGGCGCUUUUUCUACUGGCGCCUGCGCCGCCGGUUGCUAGAGUUCAGGCUGCGUAAGGAGGUGCUCGAGACUCAGCCGAGUCUUGGAGUUGGUCAGAUCGACGCGAUGCUACGACGCUGGUUCGUCGAGGACAAGGGUGCCACCGAGUCUUACCUGUGGGACAGCGACGAGAUCGCGGCCUCCUGGCUCGAGGAGCAGGCGCGCUGCGAGAGCAGCGUCCUCCUGCGCAACAUGAACUGCGUGAGAAAGGACGCGGUCGUCAGUCGCAUCAAAGAGGCACUCGAUAUCUGCCCCGAGGUUCGACUUGACGUGGUGCUCGAGAUCGCGCACCGGCUACAGCCCCAGGAACUCGCCGAACUGCAGCGAUCGAUCGGAGCCACGUGAUAUUUUACGAAUGGGUUUCGAAAAAAAAAAAGUAAAAUGAAUAAAUAAAAAGUAAUUUUUCACUAGAACUUUGCAAACAAAAGGUUUACAGUAGUGCCCGUAAGAAUGGUUUCUCGCGUCAAGAUCUUCAAUAUGCAUUUUUUCCAUUGGUCGAUUCUGUCACACACACACACACUAUCUUCGCCGCGUCACUAUUGUAAGCAUAAUCAUGCAAAUUGUGACAAUUUUUUUUUUUAAUUUUAUUACCACUGUCAUUGUUACUACUAUUGCUACUACCAUUGUUACCAAUGUAAAGAUAAAUAAUUUUGUAACUAUGAAAGUUAAAAAUUGGUAUUGUUAUGUAAAUAUUGUGAAGGUAUUUUAAAGUGAAUAAAAAUAUAGUUUUCCACA